AUGGCAUUCACCGACCUCCCUACCCCCGAGAAGUGCACCGCGGACUUUUGUCUGAUCCCAAUCGGCACAGCCUCGGCCUCAGUCUCGGCCCAAAUCGCCGACGUCCAGAGGCUGAUCGAGCAAUCGGGUGUCAAGUACACCAUGCAUUCUGCAGGGACGACACUGGAAGGCUCCUGGGACAGAGUACACCAGGUCAUCGGACAGGCACACACCCUCCUCCACCAGCAGGGGAUCGUGCGGAUUCAGACCGAUAUUCGCGUUGGGUCGAGGACCGAUAAGGCGCAGACUGCGGAGGACAAGGUAAACAAGGUGCGGCAGUUGCUGGGUAAGGAGCCUCUGUAG